AUGUUGGAUGAUCACAGAUUGACAAAAUUCAAUGAAGAUCUAGUGACACCGCCGGAGAAAAGCUCAUCACAGCAACAAGAAGAACAACAACGACAGUAUCCUCCUCGUUUCUUUCUUGGUGAUUCUUCUUUUAGUGUUUAUGAGGAUAUGGGAGUAUACUUGCGUCAGUUAGGAUGGAGCGGAACGAAAUCAAAAGCACUUAUGUUAAAAUCUGAUCUCAUUUUAGGGGAUCGUUUUACUAUACCCUAUUCAGUGUUGAGGUGCGAACCUUUGCAGUCUUCCUCUUACUAUGGAGGUUACCGGUGGAUUAAUUAUUUUCGUGGAUCACACCGACUAACUCUUAAGGCAUCGAUGGCACGGUUACUACAAGAGUCGGAUGCCACUUGUAACGAAUGGAUGCCCCAGUCCUUUGUACUGGGGGGUGAUCAAAAAAAACGUCAAGAUGAUAGAGAAUUGUUUAUACAGUAUUCCGAGACGCACCCAGAGGGAAUUUGGAUAAUCAAACGGAGUAGCGGCAGUAAGGGUAAAGAUAUACUAAUGGUGCGAAGUCUAGAGGAGAUAAAAGAUUUUAUAAAAACGUUAGAUCCAAGUAGUCGAAGCAUAUUUGUUUCCCAGAAGUAUGUGGAAAGACCAUUGUUGUACCAUGGUAGAAAAUUCGAUAUACGCGUUUGGGCGCUUCUAAAAACUCCAUAUGAAAUUUACGCCUUUUCUCAAGGAAGUUGUCGUACUUCAAGCGUGCCAUAUGAUCCUGAUGAUACCAAGAAUGUACUGGCCCACCUCACAAACCAUUGCUUGCAAGAAGGUGCAUCACAAUUUGGUCAGUACGAAGAGGGAAAUGAAUUGUGGUUUCCCCAACUUGGGAAGUACCUCCAUGAGGUUUUUAACGAGAAUGUUCUUGAAAACCGUAUAUUGCCCCAGAUUUCCAAUAUCAUAAUCCGCACAUUGCUGGCUAUGAAGUUGGUCCUUGAGGUAUCUUCAGAGGAACCCUACAAGUGCUUCCAGAUUUUCGGUUAUGACCUCAUUGUAGAUGACCAAAUGGUUGUUUACCUACUAGAGAUUAAUGGGUCCCCUGGGGUGGCAACAAAAUUUCUGCGCCCAGUAGUGGUAGAAACUCUCUCUCUCGUGAACGGCAGUGAUGCACCGCGGAAGUGGGACCCCAACGUUAUACAAUUUGUAAAGUUGUGGGGUGAUGGGGAUGUGAUGCCUGAAGGAUCUGCACGGUUGUGA